AAAAAUCUUGUUUUGUUUGAUCUUCUUGUUGUAAAGAUUGAAGCUUUAUUGGUUCUUUAAGGGAAUUUAUAGUUAUGUGUUUGAGAAUUGUGUAAUUAUAGUGUUUUAGUUGAAAUAAAGGUUUCUUGUUCAGUGUUUUUACAUAAUUUCUUGUGGAAAAACUUUGAGCUUUGACUAAAACAAGAGAUGGACACAUGUUUUUAGUAUGGAGGAAGUUAAGUGUUGUUCUGUUUUUCUUGAAAAAUUGAUGCUUUAUUGGUUCUUUCAAGGCAAUUUGCAAUAGUUGGUGAUAGUUAUGUUUGUGUAUUUCAUAGUUUGGAGAAGUGUUUUUGAGAAUUUUCCUUACUUUUGUGUAAUUGUAGUGUUUUGGUUGGUAAGAAGGCUUUUUGUUAAAGGAUAAGCAGGGUUGCUAGGAUGACAAACAUUCCUCUACCUCUAACCCUGAGGUUGUGAGUUCGAGUCAAAAGAGCAAAAAAAGGGUGGUAGCUGUAAGAAAAAAGUUUUCUUGUUUAGUGUUUCUUGUAAAGAUUGAAGCUUUAUUGGUUCUUUAAGGCUAUUUGCAAUAGUUGGUGAUGGUUAUGUUCUACUUGUUUCAUAAUUUAGAGAAGUGUUUGAGAAUUCUACUUACUUUUGUGUAAUUAUAGUGUUUUGGUUGGUAUAAAGGUUUCUUCUUUAAGAACAAGCAGGGUUGCUAGGAUGACAAACAUUCCUCUACCUCUAACCCUGAGGUUGUGAGUUCGAGUCAAAAGAGCAAAAAAAGGGUGGUAGCUGUAAGAAAAAAGUUUUCUUGUUUAGUGUUUCUUGUAAAGAUUGAAGCUUUAUUGGUUCUUUAAGGCUAUUUGCAAUAGUUGGUGAUGGUUAUGUUCUACUUGUUUCAUAAUUUAGAGAAGUGUUUGAGAAUUCUACUUACUUUUGUGUAAUUAUAGUGUUUUGGUUGGUAUAAAGGUUUCUUCUUUAAGAACAAGCAGGGUUGCUAGGAUGACAAACAUUCCUCUACCUCUAACCCUGAGGUUGUGAGUUCGAGUCAAAAGAGCAAAAAAAGGGUGGUAGCUGUAAGAAAAAAGUUUUCUUGUUUAGUGUUUCUUGUAAAGAUUGAAGCUUUAUUGGUUCUUUAAGGCUAUUUGCAAUAGUUGGUGAUGGUUAUGUUCUACUUGUUUCAUAAUUUAGAGAAGUGUUUGAGAAUUCUACUUACUUUUGUGUAAUUAUAGUGUUUUGGUUGGUAUAAAGGUUUCUUCUUUAAGAACAAGCAGGGUUGCUAGGAUGACAAACAUUCCUCUACCUCUAACCCUGAGGUUGUGAGUUCGAGUCAAAAGAGCAAAAAAAGGGUGGUAGCUGUAAGAAAAAAGUUUUCUUGUUUAGUGUUUCUUGUAAAGAUUGAAGCUUUAUUGGUUCUUUAAGGCUAUUUGCAAUAGUUGGUGAUGGUUAUGUUCUACUUGUUUCAUAAUUUAGAGAAGUGUUUGAGAAUUCUACUUAUUUUUGUGUAAUUAUAGUGUUUUGGUUGGUAUAAAGGUUUCUUGUUUAAGAACAAGCAGGGUUGCUCGGACUAUAAGAAUUCCUAUACCUGUAACCCUGAGGUUUUGAGUUUGAAUCACAAGGAGCAAAACAAAGGGUGGGAGCUGUAAAAAAAAGUUUCUUGUUUAGUGUUUGUACUUCAUUUCUUCUGGAAAAUCCUUCAAUUUUCACUAAAACAAGAGAUGGACACAACAAUUUCUGUGUUUGAGUUUGGAGGAAGUUAAAUUGUGCUGCCACUGUUAAUAUGAGGCCAUAAGUACUUAGAAGCUCCAUGUUCUGAAACAUUAGGUUUCGUGUGACAUAUAUAGUUGAAGUCACUAAGUGCAGCUAUGGGGGGAGCUAGGCCCCCUUAACCGUUAGAUUACAUUGUAUAGAUAAGAUCAAGAUUAUUUGUAUGUGGAUAUAGUAUAUGUUGAAUCCACUUGGUUUCUUAAUGUGUCUACUUCUUUUUAAUUUGAAUUCUGUUAGUGAUAAUCCUGCCUACGCUCUGGGUACAAUGAACUGAAAUAGCUUGUGUUGACAGUUUGGGUGAUUUCUUGUUUAGUAGGUAGAUAGAACAGAAGUUGCGUGGUCGAAUUCUCAACAAAUAUAAGCAAUUUGAUGUCUAUAAAUGUUUGGAUACAACUCUAAUGUACUGUAGGUAGAUGAACUUUUUCAAUAAUCCUUAUUAUCAUUUUAGCUAAUUAGGCCUCGUAUUGCUCUAAUCCUAAGUUUGAUAUCUGAAUCUUCCUCGUGGUUGUCUAGCUAUUUCAAUAUUUUCUCAAAGAACACUGAUGCAACAGAUUGUUGCACACUGUUCUCGUUCAAUAUUCAGUUGCACCAGUGUUUGGUUUAUUUUUGAGGAGAAAGUGAGAAGAUUGUGUCAAGGGAAGUCCUCACAAAGCCAUGAAGGUAUGGUUGAAGCAUGAGUGAAGAAUUCGGAUUGAGUGUCUGUAAAUAACCAACUGAUUAGUUCCGUUGGUUGGAUAAAAGAUGUUAUGGGGUUGGACAAUACAACAGCAUACCUUUACUAUAGAAAAACUUGUGGGCUCAGAACAUGUUAUGUUUGUAAAAGGGGCUCGUGGAGUAAAAUUUUCAAGCAUCUGCUCAUCGGUCUGCCUUAUCAGAAGUGCUGAUCAAUGGCAAUUGAAGAAUUGGCUGUCCGUACUUCUGAUAUUGUCAAUCCACAAGUAAUGGAAACAUUGUUGAUUGAAAAUCACUCAAGUGAAGCCAAGGACAUGGAAGAGAUGAGGAGUUCCAUGGAAAUAUUGAGUAGAGUAGAUUUGGACCUUGCGUAUACUGAUGAGAAGUUGACGAAUCUUGACAAUCUCUUGAUGCGUGUCUUGGCCUGCGAAAAUGAAGUUGAAGCAAUAUCUUUCGAGAAUGAUGAGAUUUCUCCUGAAUCGAUUGAGAAAGUUCUGUCGUUGGAUCACUUAUCUAUCAUUUUGAACUCUGAGAUAAGACAACUGGACAAUUUCUUAGGCACUCUUCAAGACUUAGUCAUUGAAGCAAGGCAAAAGAUACCUACGCAUAGAGAAUUUAGUGAGCUGCAUGUGAUAAUGGAGAACAAAUUUCAUGACACUGAAGAGUUAUUGAGACUAUCGAAGGAACGUGUCCUAGAAAUGAAGAUGCAGCUUGCCAAAUUGCAGAUGACCUCGCUAGCUUUCGACCAAAAUGAAUGGAGACAUAGGAUGAGUUUGGAUUUAUCAGAUAUUAAUAAUGUUUCAGCAAGAGAAUUGAAGCCACAGGCAGAGACAGUUGAGCAAAGACGUAUAUUAAGAAUGUUGGAAAAAUCUCUCGAAAGAGAGCUGGAUCUUGAGAAGAAGUUGACUUUACAUAAACAAAAUGAAGAUGAUCUAAAGUUGAAGCUCCGGUUAACCGAGCAAGUAGCUCUGUGCAUGGAAGAGGGUGCAGAGGUUAUAUGGGGUAGGUUUUUAGAGUCGGAAAAUGCAGCAGAGGUACUUAUGGGAAUUUCCAGAGAGAUGGUGAGCCGAUUACAGGUUGUUAACUUCAAUUUGAACGGUUCACUUCAACGAGAGAAAGAUUUCACAUUGAAGAUUGAUAAUUGCAUAGGACAGAUAAAUGCUAAAGAUAUUACCAUACAAAACCUUAAUAGCAACAACAAACAUCUUGCUGUUGAAAAUACUGAAGUAUCCUCGUUAAGGGACAAGCUAAAACUUUCAGAAGAUAAGUUGAAAGAAUCUGAGUCUAAGUUGCUGAAAGCAAAUGAACUGAAUGAAGUAAGCGAAGAGCGUCUUAAAGAACUGGAAUGUAUUGUAGAAUCUCAGAAAGAAGACAUCGAUAUUGCAGAACAUAAGGCUGACAAUGCAGAGGAAAAGGUUGCACAUUUGACCGAGACAAACUUGGAACUGCACGAAGAGUUGGAUUUUCUCAAGAGUAGUAAUGAAAGUAAUGCUAAAAAGGUCAGCAUUCUCGAGAAGAAGGUCAGGGAAUUAGAACUUCAGCUACAAAAUGCUAAGACAUCAUCCGAAGCAGGUCAAGAACAACAGAAUAUGUUGUAUACUGCCAUUUGGGAUAUGGAAACUUUAAUCGAUGAACUAAAACAAAAGGUCUUAAAAGCCGAAAGCAAGACUGAACAUGUCGAGGAACAGUGCCUUAUUUUGUCGGAAACUAAUUUAGAACUUACCCAAGAAGUAGAGUUUCUAAGAUCAAGAGUCGAAGGAUUGGAGACUUCUUUGAAUCAAGCUACUGUUGAGAAACUUGCUAGUGCAAAAGACAUUAACAUCAAAACCAGUUUUAUAAUGGAUUUGGUCAUGCAGCUGGCUAUCGAAAGAGAGCGAGUACAAAAACAGAUUUUUUGUUUGGCCAAGGAAAACAAAUCAUUGAUCAGCAAGUUGAAGUCAACGAAGGAGCAACCGUCCAUAAAUGUACUUGAGAAUGGAGGUGAUGAUAUUGGGUUGCCAUCUUCUAGAGUUGCCUCAACAAUCGCUGCUGCUACAGACAGUUACCGUGAACUGCAAACAGAAUCCUCACAGAGAAGCUCCCAGGUGAUCAACGAGUUACCUCAUGAUAAAGCGACUGAUCAAAGCAGUAAGUCCUCCAUUUUGACAAAUGAAGAGCCUAACAUAGUUGUCAAGUCAGAGGAUACCGAGGCUCAGUUACAAGCAAAGCAACAUCAACACAGGUACAUUGUCAUGGCAAUCCUUGUCUUAUUACUUUCGACAUUAGGAUUAUAUUUUUUUGACAAAAGAAACGACAUCCUCGAGUGGUUGAUGGUUAGAUUAUAGUACUUGUGUUAGAAUUACAUUGUACAGAUUCUUUGAUUGAUUUUUGUGUUCUGAUCUCUUUAAGAUAGAUCAAUUCUUUUAAGUAAAUUGUGUUUUAGUGGUAUGCUUAUUGCAAACUCAAGUUAAGAUACAGCCAUUUGUAAAAGAACUUGUGUUUUAGUGGAAUGAGUAUUGUUGUUGUGGUUGUACAAU